AUGAGCGAGCCCAGCCCCUUGCCGUGGGCUACCGCCGAUGAGUGCGAGCCGCACUCCCCGGGCUCGCAGCCCUCCCCGCUGGCCCGCAGCGAUGGGGACGAGCAGCCGAGCCAGCCUGCGGAGCCUGCCAGGGGGAGAGCCAGCCCCCAGCACGAUGCUCAGCCCUCCCGAGCGGAGGGGGAGCGCGGGGACCAGCGGGGCGAACAUCUGGGAGCGGUGACAGAGCCGGGCGAGAGGCUCAGCGGGCAGGGACAAGGGACGGGCGCUGCCGGCCGUGCGGACGGGCCCGUGCUGGCUAACGGGGUGGACACUGCGCUGGCCACGGGGCGGGAGCGGCCGCAGGACGGGGACACACCCGGCCCCAGCAGCCCCGAGCUGGGGGACAGGGGCUCCCCCAGGCUGGAGACAGCCAGAGGGGCUCUCAGCAAGGAGCGGUGGCACAGCGCGCUGGGAUCCUCGGAAGCUCUGAGCGCUGACGAGGCAGAGGAGCAGUUCGGGUUUGCUUCUGGAGAUGCCAAGCUGAGCUGCAGUGAUGAUGACAGGGAGCAUUUCCAAUUCAAAGACAUCAGGGAUGGCUUCAGCUCGACCUUCGAGAAGAUUGUUGAGUCUGACCUUAUGAAAGGGACUUACUACAGCAGCCUGGACUCUUUGGACGUGCUCUCCCUCACGGACGAGACAGACAGCUGUGUCAGUUUUGAGGCACCACUCACCCCACUGAUCCAGCAAAGGGCCAAGGAGAGCCCCGAGCUCCUGGAGCAGAAACUGGGAGCCCAGCAGAGAGAAGCCCUUCACCACAUGGCUGCUGAUAAACAAGAGCUGGCAGCAGCCAAGCCAGCAGAGGGGGAUUUUGGGAGCCCUCUCAGACACUCAAUCACCAGCAGCAGGUCAGAGAAUGUGCUGAGCCGGCUGUCCUUGAAGAGUAUCCCAAAUGGGUUCCAUGUGGACGGGUCAGAAGAAGAUCCCACCAAGAUCAUUAACUCCAUCAGCGACGCCAGCCUGAAGGACACCCUGUCGGACUCGGACUCAGACAUGGGCAGCACGGAGCAGCUGGACCAGGGCAGCACAGACACGCUGGCCAACGGCUGCAGGGCGGACAGCGAGGCUGCCAAGAGGUUGGCCAAGCGUCUCUACAACCUCGAGGGCUUCAAGCGCUGCGACGUUGCCAGACAGCUCGGGAAAAAUAACGAAUUUAGCAAGUUGGUAGCAGAGGAGUAUCUCAGCUUCUUUGACUUCACUGGCCUGGCCCUUGACAAAGCACUCAGGACAUUCUUGAAAGCGUUCCCUCUGAUGGGAGAGACACAGGAGCGGGAGCGGGUGCUGAUCCAUUUCUCCCGGCGCUACUGCCAGUGCAACCCCGAGGAGAGCACCUCUGAAGAUGGGAUCCACACACUCACCUGUGCCCUGAUGCUGCUGAACACAGACCUCCAUGGCCAUGUGAACAUUGGCAAAAAGAUGUCGUGCCAACAGUUCAUAGCAAACCUGGAUGGGCUGAACGAUGGGAAGGACUUUGCAAAGGAUUUGUUGAAGACUCUAUAUAACUCCAUCAAGAAUGAGAAGCUGGAGUGGGCCAUUGACGAGGACGAGUUGAGGAAAUCACUCUCGGAGCUGGUAGAUGACAAAUUCGGAGCCAGUGCGAAAAAAGUGACAAGGAUUGUUGACAGCAGCAACCCCUUCCUGGACAUCCCCCAGGCACUGAACGCAGUCACCUACAAGCACGGCGUCCUCACCCGGAAAACCCAUGCGGACAUGGAUGGGAAGAGAACUCCCAGAGGAAGAAGAGGUUGGAAGAAAUUUUAUGCUGUGCUUAAAGGGACCGUCCUUUAUUUACAAAAGGAUGAAUAUAAACCUGACAAAGACCUCUCUGAAGUGGAUCUGAAGAACGCCAUCCGUGUGCACCACGCCUUAGCCACAAAAGCCUCUGACUACAGCAAGAAGUCCAACGUGCUCAAGCUGAAGACAGCUGACUGGAGAGUCUUCCUCUUCCAGGCCCCAAGUAAGGAAGAAAUGCUCUCCUGGAUCCUGAGAAUCAACCUCGUUGCUGCCAUUUUCUCUGCUCCAGCCUUCCCAGCUGCAAUCUGCUCCAUGAAGAAGUUCUGCCGCCCGCUCCUGCCUUCAUCCAUGACCAAACUGUGCCAGGAGGAACAGCUGAGGUCUCAUGAAAAUAAAAUGAAGCAGAUUGCAGACGAAUUAGCAGAGCAUAAAUUACAUCCUGUAGAGAAGAGCCUCAAGUCAAAAGAGGCUGAGGAAUACAGACUCAAAGAACAUUACCUAAUAUUUGAGAAGAGCCGCUAUGAAACAUAUAUCAACCUGCUGUGCAUGAAGAUAAAAGUGGGGACAGAUGACCUGGAGAGGAUUGAGACCAGUUUCUUCAAGGUGGAAGCCGAGGACAUCGCUUUGCGGAAGACGCAUUCCAGCCCUUCCCUGAGCCAAGGGCACGUGUCCAUCAGCUGUAAGGCAGAAAAGGACAUUUUAGAGCAGAACACUUAA